AAUGCUGUGCGCAUGCGCAUAACCCGGAUGGCCGACAGUGGAAGAUGGCUUCGUCCAUGAACGGUAUGUUUCCAGGCCAGCAACCGCCCGGUGCUCAUCCCGUUGGGGGGCCUCCUGGACCGGCUCAGCCGAGCUUUCCCGGUUCCGCUCCCCGGGUUCAGGGAAACAACACCCUGGUGGACGAACUGGAGGCUUCCUUCGAGGCUUGUUUUUCAUCGUUGGUAAGUCAGGACUAUGUGAACGGUACGGAUCAGGAGGAGAUUCGAACCGGCGUGGACCAGUGCAUCCAGAAGUUCCUGGAUGUGGCUCGUCAGACGGAGUGCUUCUUCCUACAGAAGAGGCUUCAGCUCUCUGUGCAGAAACCAGAGCAGGUGUUGAAAGAGGACGUGUCGGACCUGCGUAAUGAGCUGCAGAGGAAAGAACUGCUGGUUCAGAAGCAUCUGGCCAAGCUGCACCACUGGCAGCAGGUGCUGGAGGACGUUAGUGGUCAGCAUCGUAAACCCACAGACCUUCCUCCUCCAGGACCGCUGGCCUUCCUGGAACAGGCCUCGGCUAGUUUGCCCCCAGCUCCUCUAAAACCCAGCUAAGACACCAAAGCGCCUUGUGAUCUGUAGAAACCGCCAUGCAGCCCUGCUGUGAGCAGGAGGAGAGCCGCCAUGCUGGAGGAGAAACUGCACCAGGAUGGAAAGAUGCGUUUCGGUUUGUAGACUGUAUAGACGUUGGACCGAUGUACAUUUUUACUUUUACUUUUUCUUUUUAUUUCUAGUUUUUGAUGUAAAUAUUUUAGAUUUUUUUUAAUGUAAAAAUAAAAUAAACGAGUCUGAUACUAUUUUCUCCCCUGACUUCCGAUCAUAACUAAGGAUUUUCAUGGGUCUGUAAUUUGGUAAAAUUAUCAGUACAAACACUCAACAUGUGGUGUUAAAGAGGCAGCAUUAUGUAUUUUUUAGGCACAUAGUGUCAUUUUAUAGCACAGUCAAGUAACUGUUACCUUCAGCUGUU